CUUUGACAACACAGUUUCAAAACAUACCAAAAAGCAAUAUGUGCAAAUCUUACGCCAUUUUCGGUCUUCUCUUCAUUGCCGCCGCUGCAAGUGCUGGUCUUAUUGAAACUCAUCAUGUAGUGGAACCAGUCGUAGCUAAGGUUGGUGCCGUUGUACAUAGUGCGCCAUCUGCUGUCUCUCACCAAAGUUUCACACGUGUACACAACAAAGCUGUCGUAGAAUCUGUUGUUGCUCCAAUUGUAAAAACCACUGUUCAUGCUGCACCAAUUGUACCAGUUGUAAAGACUGUGGAACCAAUUGUUCACUCUGUACAUGCUGCUCCAGUCGUUCCAGUAGUCAAAACUAUUACUCCAGUUGUACAUUCAGUACAUGCUGCACCAGUUGUACACUCAGUGCAUGCUGCACCAGUUGUACACUCAGUGCAUGCUGCACCAGUCGUACAUUCAGUCCAUGCUGCACCAGUCGUACACUCAGUUCAUGCUGCUCCAAUUGUUCCAGUAGUCAAAACCUUAGAACCAGUAGUACCUGUAGUAAAAACAAUUGCACCCGUUGUACACUCAGUACAUGCUGCACCCGUUGUACACUCAGUACAUGCUGCACCCGUUGUACACUCAGUUCCAGUUGUUCACUCAGCACCUUUAGUGAAAACUCUUGUACCAACUGCCCAUAUUGUCCACCAUUAAUGUAUCUACGCUUAUGAUAUGAACCGAUCCA